CGGUAGUUAUUUUGGUUAUGGGACAAUUGCGCGAGGAUCCCAGCUUUUGUUUGUUGACUUAACCUUUUUGGACAGCGAUGAGGGUCUGUGAAACCACCGGUUGCCUGUCCGUUUUGGAAAGUGACAGAUCCAGAGGAGGGAGGAUGUGCGUUUCCAUGGCGUCGGGUGGUUGUGGACAGUUCCUCAUGUGCUGGGACAGAGAAUAUGACCGACACCUAGCAGCAGCAGUGGCAGCAGGGAAGACCAUGGCCACAGCUUACAUGGAGCCCAACCUGAACCACACUUUCCUGGGGGGAGCCAAGUCACGUCUGAGCACGGGCGCGUCAGACCGGACUGCAGCUGGGUCUGUGUCUGGAUCUGUGGACCGGGUCCUCAAAGUCUUCCACUUCCACGAGACCAACACGGAGCACAGCUGCUGGUACUCCAACAUCCGCUAUGGAGACGCCACAGAUGUCAGGGGAAUCAUCCAGAAGAUCCUGGACAUCUACAAAGUGCGGUGGACGGCGUGUUUCGGGCUGCGCCUCAGUAACUCCUCCUGCAGGGACCAGGUGCACUGGCUGCACCCGGACCUGGGCGUGUCCCAUGUGAGGGAGAAGUACGAGCAGGCCCGCCAGAACGAGGAGUGGAGGUAUGAACUGAGGAUCCGAUAUCUUCCAAAGGGUUUUAUCCAGCAGUUUACAGAAGACAAACCCACACUGAACUACUUCUAUCAUCAGGUGAAAUACGACUACAUGACAGAGAUCGGAGAUAAAGUGGAGCAGGAUGUAGCUCUCAAACUCGGCUGCUUAGAAAUCAGGAGGUUCUACAAAGAAAUGAGAGGCAACGCUUUGGACAAGAAAUCCAACUAUGAACUACUAGAAAAAGAUGUGGGUUUGAGACGAUUUUUCCCCAAAGAGCUUCUGGAUUCAGUCAAGGCUAAAACACUUCGAAAGUUAAUUCAGCAGACGUUCAAACAGGUGGCCAAUCUCAAUGACGAGCAGUGCAUCAUGCGGUUUCUGGAGAUCCUGGCUCCAGUUCACCGCUUUGACAAGGAGUGCUUCAAAUGUGCCCUCGGGUCCAGCUGGGUGAUCCAGGUGGAGUUGGCUAUUGGGCCAGAGGAGGGGAUCAGCUACCUCACUGAUAAAGGAUCCACGCCCACACAUCUCGCCAACUUUAACCAGGUGCAGUCCAUCCAGUACUCGAGUAUGGAGGAGAAAGAGCGCAAAGGCAUGAUCCAGCUCAAUGUGGCCGGAGCUGCAGAGCCUCUCACGGUGACGACAGCUUCUCUCACCACGGCCGAAAACCUGGCGGAUUUGAUCGAUGGUUACUGCCGGCUCAUAUCCAUGGAAACGCAUUCCUUUAUUGUCCGUGUUCAGAAAGAGGGAGAGAGAGCUCUGCCAUCGAUUCCGAAGUUGUCCAAUAAUGAGAAAAAGUUAGAAGCAGUCAGAAGUGGAGUACGAGCGAUUUCAGUUUCCGAAACUGACGACUAUGCAGAGAUAGUUGAUGAAGAGGAUACAUACACCAUGCCCUCAACGCGGGACUAUGAAAUCCAGAGGGAAAGGAUAGAGCUCGGACGCUGCAUCGGGGAGGGACAGUUCGGAGACGUGCAUCAAGGAGUCUACAGCCCCCCGGACAAGCCAUCUCUACCUGUUGCCAUCAAAACCUGUAAAAAUUGCACUUCAGACAGUGUCCGAGAGAAGUUCCUCCAAGAAGCGCGUAAAUUAAAUUAUCUCUUUUUUGUUUUUUUGCCUAUGAUGUAAUGUUACUCUAUGGUGAUGAAUGUGUUUGUUCUGGCAGUGACCAUGCGGCAGUUUGACCACCCACACAUCGUGAAACUCAUCGGAGUGAUCACGGAAAACCCGGUCUGGAUCAUCAUGGAGCUGUGCACUUUGGGAGAGUUAAGGUCCUUCCUUCAGGUGAGGAAGUACAGCCUAGACUUGGCCACUCUCAUUCUGUUUGCGUACCAGCUCAGCACAGCACUCGCCUAUCUGGAGAGCAAACGCUUCGUGCACAGAGACAUUGCAGCGCGUAAUGUACUGGUGUCUUCCAUUGACUGUGUGAUGCUUGGAGACUUUGGUCUGUCAAGAUACAUGGAGGAUAGUUCUUAUUACAAAGCUUCUAAAGGCAAACUCCCCAUAAAGUGGAUGGCUCCUGAAUCGAUAAACUUCAGAAGAUUUACCUCUGCCAGCGAUGUGUGGAUGUUUGGUGUGUGUAUGUGGGAGAUCUUGAUGUACGGCAUCAAGCCUUUCCAGGGCGUGAAGAACAAUGAUGUGAUUGGCAGGAUCGAGAAUGGCGAGCGGUUGGCAAUGCCCCAUCAGUGCCCGCCCACUCUCUACAGUCUGAUGACCAAAUGCUGGUCAUACGAUCCCAGCAAACGGCCCCGCUUCACUGAACUCAAAACACAACUCAGCACUAUCUUAGAGGAGGAGAAGCUACAGCAGGAGGAGCGUCUGCGAAUGGAGCAGAGGAGACAGGUCACAGUGUCCUGGGACUCGGGAGGUCCUGAUGAAGCUCCGCCCAAACCCAGCAGGCCCGGGUACCCCAGUCCUAGAUCCAGUGAAGGCUACUUCUCCAGCCCUCAGCACAACCACUUUCAAGCUCCUGGUCUCGGGGGAGGCAGCUUCCCUCAGUCUGAAACCUGGAAUCAGCACAGACCUGAACACACAGCGCUUUGGAGCAACAAUAUCGAGGACAAUGGGUGUGUGGGACAGGCUCUUAUGGAGGAGAGGCUGAUGAUGCAACAACAGCAGAUGGAGGAUGACCAGCGAUGGCUCGAGCAGGAGGAGAGCUUCAUGCAGAAGACAGAGUCGAGAAACAGCAGAGGAAGCAUUGACAGAGAAGACGGCAUUUUACAAGCUCCGGGUGGAAGUCAACAUAUCUAUCAGCCUAUUGGGAAACCCGAACCUGCAGCUCCUCCAAAAAAGCCUCCCCGUCCUGGAGCUCCGGGUCACCUGACCAACCUGACCAGCCUGGCACCUGUCGAGAGUUACAACGAAGGGGUGAAGUUACAACCUCAGGAGAUCAGUCCACCUCCCACAGCCAACCUGGACCGGUCCAAUGAUAAAGUGUACGAGAAUGUAACCGGUUUGGUAAAAGCUGUGAUCGAAAUGUCCAACAGGAUCCAGCCGGCCGCCCCAGAGGAGUACGUGCCCAUGGUCAAGGAAGUGGGUUUGGCCCUGAGGACGCUGUUAGCAACGGUGGAUGAAACGAUGCCUGUGCUACCAGCCAGCACACACAGAGAGAUUGAGAUGGCUCAGAAGUUGUUGAACUCUGACUUGGCAGAGUUGAUAUCAAAGAUGAAGCUGGCCCAGCAGUACGUUAUGACGAGUUUACAAAAGGACUAUAAGAAGCAGAUGUUGAUGGCAGCUCAUGCUCUCGCAGUUGAUGCCAAGAACUUACUGGAUGUGAUCGACCAAUCACGACUCAAGAUGAUUUCUCAGCCACGCCCACAUUAAAAGGAUCAGACAUUUGAACUUUUAUUUUGUGAAAUCCAAAAAGACAAAGGGAAAAGUCAAGUGAAACAAUGGAUGAACAAUGACACAAAAUACUUUGCCUCUUCAAAACAUUUAAUACUUCCUAUGUUUCAGUUGUAUGUUUGUACUUUAUUUUAACUAAGCUUCUCUCCACAACAAUGGACUAUUGAAUUGAAUUAAUCACCAAUUGUUCUUUUUUUUAUCCAUUUUAAAAGUUCUGCAGACUUCAAUGGCUCAGAAAAAGACUAAAAGAGACACUGACAUUGAAACACUUUCCAAAUAUGCAAGAACUGGAUGCCCGAAGAAGACAAUGAAGUGUUGUUUAAAUGUGUU